UUGACAGUUGGCGCGAGACAUCGUGGGUGAGCGUGAUUCGCGUAGGAGGAAACAGAUUCCGAAGCGCCAAGGGAGGUAUAAUUAAAGCACCGAGGGCGGAAACGGAACGGGUCGUCGAUAUAGGCCGCCAAGAAUAGGAGCAGUUGGGAGGGGUCAGGUCUAGUCGAAGCAGGUGUAUUCAGGUUUGCUCGAAGAAAUUUGGAGGUUAUCCGAGCACCGAGCAUGCGUUCGUGGUUCGGCCGAGCGUAGCCGGUUCAGUCAACUCAGCGGAAGAGGCGGUCGUCUGCGGAAAGAAAGUGAAAGAAAGAGCCAGAAGCGAGUCCAAGGACCAAACAUAACCUAAAACUCGGCCUCGAGCUGAAAAAGGACAGAGAAAGGCGCUGCGAAGUCGCGAAGUCGACCUCGUUUUCGAGGUGGAAAUCUGAGAUUCGAGGCGGGAACUGCUGGUAGAAGUUGCAGGGAGGGCGAGACGCGCGACAUAACCUCCCUGUCCGGUUUGAGCUCUGUCAGACGACCAUUGUACUCAUUGACUAGCGCCAAACAAUAAGGAGAGUGCGUCUCUUUUAGGGAAGAAGAGAGGAAUCGACUAUUGUUGGUCUCUAUGUAGGUGGCCCUUGUAUGUUUGGAUAUAACAUCGUGCGAGGGUCUGAAAUUUGUAUUCCGUUUCGCUGCCCCAGGCUGGAAUUCUCGACACUGAGGAAGCAUGUGAUUUUAGAGCGAUUUGUUAUACGUACACCGCUGGGCUGGUUGCUGGAGGAAUCUGAGUGUGGAAUGAGGCAGGGCGUCAGGUGGUAAACUAGUUUCCGCUGCAGCGAAGCAGAGGUUUCCCAGAGGAUGAUCCGACGGCGAGCGGAGCAGUGAUAUUGUGAUAAAAUCUGGGGAUUUGUGAUAUUGGAUAGGGAGAUCGAGGAGGGUUUUAAGAAAUCAACUUGCAUGCUGGAGGAGAUUGGGUGCAGUUUCCGUGAAUGACCUAACCUAGUCGUCGGAUACAUUAGGAUCAUGGAGCACUGUAACGAAGGCGGUGACCAGGUGCCGGAACCUAACUGCUCCACGUCUUGUGAUCAGAAGAAGAAAUCGUGGCAAGAACUGAGAGGCAUCGUAAGCGAACUGCGAAGAAAACUGUCCGGAGUAUCGGUUGGCUCUGUACCUAGCUCCAUUACGUUUCGGUCCCUACCGGAUGGACGGACAAGAAUAUAUUUUCUGAGCACCCCAAAUAAUGGAUGGGAAACUUCUUUACUGUAUGUCGACAUAGCUCAUUCUGAUCACGCUAAUGGCUACAGGCUGCAUUGGCAACCAGUUAUCGAGCCAAACUUUCAAAGUGUGAUGUGUGCAAAUCGUUCCUCCAGAGAGGAACAGCUAUUAUGGGAGAGGAAAAGGCUAUCUACAUGGGGAAUUACAAGCUACGAGUUACAUGCUGAGAGCGGUAGAUUAGUCUUUCCAGCAGCAAGUAGUUUGUAUCAAUGUAUAGACAACGGUUUUAUGCCAGGUCCACUCUUUCCAUCAGAACUGAGAAUGUCUACUACUGGAGCUAAAUUAUGUCCACAAAUAUGCCCAUGGAAUGAUGCCCUGGUGGCUCACACCUGCUCUGGCGAUCUACAUGUAUCGCACAGUAUCGCAGGAUCAUCCGUUAGACUGACACGAGCUAGAAAAGGUGGCAGGAAUCUGGACGAAGACCCUCUUACCGCAGGCACACCUUCAUAUGUUAUGCAAGAAGAGUUUAUGAGGUACAUCGGCUAUUGGUGGCAACCAAAGUCCGACAAUGGAAUCUACAGAAUAGUCUACGAAGAGGUCGAUGAGACUGAUGUUAAAAUAUUCUGUUUCCCGUCGUUCACAUCGAAUUCUGAAGAAAUCGAUGAAUUCAGGUACCCGAGGGCCGGGACCUCGAACGCGAAAAGUAAUCUCAAAAUGGUACAGUUUCGCCUGUCAGAUACUUUACAGUUCGUUGACAUUGAGAUUCUGGAACUGCAAUAUCCAUUGCACGUCAUGUUCCCUUGGAUGGAAUACAUGGUCAGAGUGGGUUGGACUCCCGAUGCCCAAUAUAUCUGGGUUCAGUUGCUGGACAGAAAGCAACAAAGGCUGGAAUUGGUUCUGCUCUCGAUAGAUAACUUCUGCGAGCCACCUCCUAAUGUGUACAACUCCGAUAAUCAUUUUGCACCUUCAUCGGCUAGUGUUCAAGUGAUCUAUUCGGAGCAAAGCUCUAUCUGGAUCAGUGUAAACGAUCUGCUGCAUUUCCUCCCAUCCGAUGACCCGAUGGAAGUGAAGUUCCUCUGGGGAAGCGAGGAGACUGAUUUCAGACACCUGUAUCUUGUUACAUCCAGCAUAGCUGGUUUGAGUAAUGGCGUGGAGGAGCCGCUGGAUCGAAUGGAUAAUGUUUACCUACAGCCGCGUAUUACUUCGAGACUUGCCCUAACGCAGGGCGAGUGGGAAGUUUUUGGGAAAAAGCUGUGGGUCGAUGAAGCUAAUUCAAUUGUAUAUUUCGCUGGUUUGAGGGAAGGUCCAUUGGAGCAACACAUCUACGCUGUAUCCUUGCGUCGUCCUUUGGAAAUUAGGCUGCUGACAAGACCUGGAUACAGCUACAAUAACAUAUAUUUUAACAAGGAGUGUACAAUGCUCGUCACCGUAUAUAGUUCUAUUAAAAUGUUACCUACUUGUCAGGUAUUCAGAAUAUCGCAGACCGACUGGACGGUUGAAAGCAUUGUAUUGACACCUGUCGGUUACUUGUCAGAGCCUUCACUUCCCGAAUCGGAAAUAUUCGCUCCAGAGAUGUAUGCGCACAAAAUAGCGUCUGGUGAUACAAUAUAUUCAAUGAUUUUUAAGCCCCACAAGUUCCAACCAGGAACGAAGUAUCCCACGAUAUUGAACGUCUACGGUGGUCCUGAAGUGCAGCUCGUGACUAAUACAUUUAAGGGUAUGAGACAUUUGAGAAUGCAUAUGCUCGCUGCCCAGGGAUACUGCGUUGUUCUCAUCGACUCUCGUGGUUCUCAUCACAGAGGUUUAACGUUUGAGAGCUAUUUGCAGAAGAGAAUGGGAACCGUCGAACUGAAUGAUCAAGUUGAGGUUCUGAAAUGGCUUGCAGACACGACGGGCUAUAUAGACACAUCGAGAGUUGCUCUCCAUGGAUGGUCGUACGGAGGGUAUUUGACUCUGAUGGGCUUGGUACAUUAUCCUGAUGUGUUUAAGUUGGCGAUAGCUGGGGCACCCGUUACUUCCUGGAACUUGUACGACACAGGAUACACCGAACGUUAUAUGGAUCUACCACAGAAUAAUCCUGAGGGAUAUGAAGAUGGCUCGGUCUUAACUUAUGUUAAUAAUUUCCCCGACGAGGAGAACCGACUGCUUAUAAUCCAUGGCCUCAUAGAUGAGAACGUGCACUUUUUCCACACGAGCCAGCUGAUAAAUGCUCUCGUUAAGAUCGGGAAGCCUUAUCAGCUUCAAGUCUAUCCUGACGAGCGGCAUAGCCUUAGAAAUCUGGAUGCCAGUAAACAUUACGAGACCACUCUAUUGUCCUUCUUGCAGAAUCAUUUAUGAAUUCGCUUGCUGCCUUCGACAGGCAGACUAAGGAUCUUCGAUGAGAUCAUCUCUAUGGACCCCAACGAUGCAAACGACUGCCAUUAGGAUAUGUAAAUAUAAUUUAAACGUUGAUACGUGUCCACGCUCAUCGCGAUUGACAAUAUCAAUUAUUCAGGUCUGCUUUUCACUAGUGUUGGCUAGACAUCGAUAGUUCUCCUUUCUAUAUCGCAGGAAAUAUUUUAUCGAUGGCGAAAGUACCACGUUAAAUAUGUAAUUAAUGACACGAAACUCACACAUUAACACGCAAGCUAUUAUCGACAUGUAAAAAACAUGUAAAAAAUAGAAUAUAUUAAUAACAAGUGAAUCGACAGUAUUUUUACACACGGAUUGUUUUUUAUGUAUCACCAUGGCUAUCGAUAAGUAUUUAUAGACUAUCGAUAAUUUAGCCAACCCUACAGUUUAUACAUGUUAAUUGCUGGGAGUCGACUGCUACUUUGUACUCUCCGAAACGGUAAUAACAAUUUUCCUUAAAGGUUGCAGAAAUUCAUACCGAUUGCUGGCAUUGCUUUCUUAAAUCAGGGCAAGGAUUGUUCAUCGAAACUCCACUGGGGGAUCGGUCGUUUAUUACAUGUUAAGAAACUUUUAAAUAUACUAUAUUUGUUUGAUAUAUAUAUAUGUGCAUUUCGAACGUUAUUAGAAUUUCUUUUUUUAUUAUCGAUAUUAAAUUGAAGGAGAUUUAUCUUCCUUUCUGUUUACAGAUAUGUGUAGGUAUGUACAUAUUGGCAGUUAUACACAUUUAUAUGUAUGUAUAUAUAUCGCCCACUGUAUGAAUAUGUAAAGCAUCCCAUUUGACAUGUGCAUAAUUAUCGACCCCCUCGACACUGUAACAGCGAUGACCCUAUUACAAGAUUGUUGCGAUAAAUUUCAUAAGUGCAGAAAUGUUCAACGAUUCCAGUUUUGGUUUACAACCAAAGCUGUAACGAAGUUGCAUAUGAAACAGUAUAACUGGUACGCAUUUAUAUUUUUAAUGUAUGUUUUUUCUGAGACUCCUGAUUAAUUGCAAAGGUUUGUUAUAGCCUUUCCAGUCCUGACGUACUUAUUCAUUCUGUGUCGAAGUACGCGUGGCCUCAUUAAAUUCACCCUUUCUUAGCAUGGUCAUAUGUGAACCCAUGUGUAUACUCCCGUUCAUUACAUUUUUAUAAUUACAGAAAUUGGUAUUCGUGUAAUACUACGAAUACUUUGAGACUCGUCAUUGUAAAAUUGCGUUGUAUGUCUGUUCGCUAGUUAUCGUCCAUCAAUAAAUAAGUUUACUAUUUUAAAUA